GCAUCUCCCCACUCAUCUCUGCCUAAAACCGUAGCGUUGUGCAUCUCCCUACUCGUCUCUGCAAAAUAUACAGGCAUGUUUGGUCUAUUUACAUUCUGUCGAUGGUGAUAACAUUUGAGAUGAUCCUUUAGCACGUGUCCGUCAGCAUAGUCGACGGUAACUGGAUUGUGGCCGACAAGCUCUACCGAUUAAACAGUAUAUUAAAAAAUUGAAUGUUAUAUCUGCGCCAUAUUUCUCGUCAGCUGAGAACUUCUGUCAGAAUUUCGGUGUUGACAUUGUCGAACACUCGGAUGGUAGUCCUAAUUUUGCUGGCGAUGAAGACAAUGAUAUCAUUGUCGGGGAUGCGAUGACCAAUGUUUUCGAACGUAUUGAAGUGUUCUAGUGUGCUUGUCUCAAAUGACACAUUGAUCAAUUUGACACCAGAGUUCUUAUAUACCAAGGCUAUUAAAAUGGACAGUCUUUUUACACAAAAUGUGUCUGAUGAGCCAGAUGAUAUACCACAAACACAAGAACCAGUAUGGAUUCUUGGCAAGAAGUACAACGCUAUAAAAGAACUUGAUGCCAUUCGCAGGGACAUACAGUCUAAACUGUGGUUUACAUAUCGCAAAGGUUUUGUUCCAAUAGGUGGUUUCGGUUCAACAUUUACCUCGGACAAAGGAUGGGGCUGUAUGUUAAGAUGUGGCCAAAUGGUCCUUGGUCAGGCAUUGGUCUCCUUGCACUUAGGCAGAGACUGGCAAUGGACACCAGACACAAAAGACAGUACGUAUCUGAAAAUUUUAAGCAGGUUCGAGGAUCGAAGAGCAGCACCAUUUUCAAUUCAUCAGAUUGCUCUAAUGGGAGCAUCCGAAGGAAAAGAAGUUGGCCAAUGGUUUGGUCCCAAUACUGUUGCACAAGUUUUAAAAAAAUUAGUUGCCUACGAUGAAUGGAGUUCAAUAACGAUACACGUCGCUCUCGAUAACACGUUAAUCGUCAAUGAUAUUCUGAGACAAUGUAAGGUGGAAGGCGGAAUGACUGUCGAAGUUGAUGGCGAAGAACCUUUAAAGGCACCCAGCCAAUGGAAACCAUUACUACUUCUCAUACCUCUACGACUUGGUUUAAGCGAGAUCAAUCCCGUCUACAUAAAUGGCCUUAAAACGUCUUUUCAAAUAGCCCAAUCACUUGGAGUCAUAGGAGGAAAACCGAAUCUUGCACUGUACUUUAUUGGUUCUGUUGGGGAUGAAGUAAUAUUCUUGGAUCCACACACAACACAACGAUCUGGUAGUGUCGAACAGAAAAUUGAAGAAAAUGAAAUAGAAAUGGAUGCCACGUACCAUUGUCAAACUGCUAGUCGUAUUCCUAUAACUGGCAUGGAUCCAUCUGUUGCUCUAUGUUUUUUUUGUGCUACGGAAAAAGACUUUAGGUCUUUGUGCAGAUCGAUGCAAGAGGAAUUAAUAGAUCCUGAGAAACAGCCACUUUUUGAAUUAUGUACUGAAAGACAAACCUGGUCUCCAGUGGAGGAUAUUUCAACAGAAGCUUUAGGAGCUGCUGCAUCUACUCUUUUGGAGUUUGAACAUCUCGAUCGUCAAUAUGAUACAUCUGACGAAGAUUUUGAGCUGCUUGGUUGACAGUUGGCCCCUGAUAAGUACGAUGCCGACGCUUGAUCAUGAUGCUAACGCAUUACCAGUUGAAGAAAAGUGAAGAAUUUAAUGAAGAUAUCCUCACAAAUAAUAUGUGAUCUUUGCGAUAACAAUUUUACUCAACGUAAGUAGUAAUAGCUAGAUAAUGAAUAAAAAUUAUUAAUACAGAUGAGAAAAUGUCAGCGCGAUAUUUGUCAGUGGUGCUUUGUGAAUUUUUUCAAUGAUUAUAUAUCUACUUGAUUUUGUGACUUUAAUGACAUUAAAGACCAAAGAGUCCAUUCGUUGAAAUCACUUAGUACAGAUAAUUCUUUGGGAUUCUUACAGAAUAUAACUUAUCCAGUCCAAAGGACAUACUUCGUUUUUCUUUUCCGAUCUGAAAAUUCUCGUGAAACGCAUUAACACAGUUGCGUACCCCAUUUAAAGAACUUUGUAAAUAUUUUAUUAUAAAUACAUAUAACCGACACAAUACCGCUUAUCCGUAAAUGCAGGGAGUGUACUACAUUGAAAUGUAACAAAACAUUGUAAGAAACAAAUUUCUAUAUGAAGUUAUACAGAGAUUGGAGAGUACAGUAUUUGUCUUCUGUUCUUAAUAACAUAAGAUAUAUACUUACAUGCUUUUACUCUGUUACGUGGAUAAGCUGAGUUAUUGUUUGAUUUUUCCUAUCCGUAGGAAACUAAUAUUUCAGAUAAUACAAUAAUAAGAAAAGCAAAAUAUACUAUGUAUCUCUGAUACAAAGAAAUUAUUAUGUAUAUCACUAAGAACAAGCGAUAGUAGUAUAUGACAUAUUUUACUUUUUUUUUCAAAUUUAAAGAAUAAUAUUGUUCACCGGUAUUCCUAUUAAUUGUUUUUAGGUUACCUGCAAACUUCCUUUGUACUUUAUUGUUACGCGUACGAUCGAUUCUGCGUUAAAAUGUAUUUUCUAUUGUUAUACAUAUAACAAAAGUGUCACAAGCAUCUCUGUGCGUUGGACUACUUUUAAAAUGACAGAGUAAACUGCCAAUUUUUUUUAUUGUGCAAUUUUAUUUUACAAACUGUUUGCUUUGGCAACUUUGAAUAAUGUGACUGAAUUUAACCGACAGUCUGACGUGCAGCAGCUGUUGAACUUCUGGAUGAAUAUUGCAUAAUAUAAAUUUCUAUACAUGAUAAAUAUUUUGUAAAAUCAAACCCAGGAAAACCAUUAAAAGUAAUGCGCAUAAGAAUUUAGCUGUCACUGUUCCUUCCGAUAAAUCAAAUUAAUAUCA